AUGACUUUGGUAAAGGCUCUUAGUGAAAAUAAUAAUACUUUAUCCACCCUGGACCUUCGAAACAAUUAUUUUGAUCAUGAUAUGCUAAAUGACUUGGUAAAAGCUCUUGGAAAAAACGCACAUAAUAAUAUGUAG